AGGACAGUGGGGUAUAUGCGGAGGGAGGCAACGAGAAGCUGAGGAUUCCGCCGCCAUGGAGGUCCUGGUGCUGGUUGACUUUGAGGGCCAGCUGAGCGAUGAGUUGAAGAUCAAAGCCGGCAACAUCAUCUACAAGGUGCAUCCAGGCCCGGAAGAGGGGUGGUUCCAGGGCGAACUGGAGGGCAGGACAGGGUUCUUCCCUCAGCAGUUUGUACAGGAAAUCCCAGCAAGUCUCCGAGCAGAGGGCUCCCAGCGGUGUCCCCGAUCCGUCCGCAGUGUCCAUGCUGUAAAAAAGCAGCCCCUGCCGAAGCAGCGCUGGUGCCGGGUCACCUUCCCUUACACCCCGGUCAAGGAAGAUGAGCUGGCAUUGUGCCCCGGAGAGCUGGUGCAGAUCUUGGAGGAGAUUGAGGAUGGCUGGUGGCUGGGCAAGAAGAGCGGGCAGCUGGGGGCCUUCCCCUCCAACUUCGUGCAAGAACUGGGCAGCCAACCGCCAGCAGAGCCAAUUUUCCCAGAGCCCAAACUGGGGGCAGCAAAACAACGGCCCAAAGUGACAGAUGAGACAUUCAUGCUGACCGAGGAGGCUGAGGCCGGGAAGCCAGAGAUGGUGAUGGAGAAGCCUGUUCCUGUGAUCCCAAAGGCCCAGAUGCCACAAACCUCUGCAGGUGACUCGCCUCAGUAUUGCCGAGUCAUGUUUGAUUAUGAGCCGGCGCACGAAGAUGAGCUGCCGCUCCGGAAGGGUGACUUGGUUCUCUUGCUGAACAAGGACACACUGGAUGUGGGCUGGUGGGAAGGGCAGAUCCACGGCAAGAGGGGUCUCUUCCCUGACAACUUUGUCAUGCCUUUGACCCAAGUGCCACCUGGGAUCAAAUCCCAAGUGCCAGCCAGGAUCAAAGACUCUGCCACCAAGUCAGCCAAGAAGUCCUUCCAAGGCAACAAAGUGGACUUAAGACACCUUGGAGACCACAAAGACGCAAAGGAGCAGAAGAAGACAGAUGCGCCCAAGUCGAAUCCUCCUGUGAAGAAGGUGCCACCUCCCCUUCCUGUAUCUGCAAAGGCCAGACCAGUCCCUCCUGUGCCCCAGAAAUCCUCAAAUAUUCCCAUUUCCUGCACGUCAACCCCUGGGGGGAAAGGCAAGCCUAAUGAGGCAGAAACACCUCCUUUCGAUGCCCUCCUUGUUCCCAGUGCCAAACUGAGCCACCCGACAGCUGACCGCCCCAAAAUGCCAGGGAAGAGGCCUCCCAGCCAGCCGGCGGCAGGCUCAGCG